AUCGCGCUGCAGCUGCGGCUGGAAGGGAUCGAGCACCGCGACAGCACCGCGACAGCACCGCGACAGCACCGCGACAGCACCGCGACAGCACCGCUCUCGGGAUUAUCUCACUUGGGAUUUGUCUUCUUCUCCCGCGGAACCCGCGGCCCCUGGGCUCCCGCCCCGGAUUACAAUUGCACCAUGACCCUGGAGGAGCUGGUGCCUUGCGAUAGCAGCAAGAUGCAGGCGGUGAGCGAGGCGGUGGAGCGGGUGCUGGUGGCAGCGCAGCGGCAGGACCGGCUGACGGUGGGGGUCUACGAGUCCGCCAAGCUGAUGAAUGUGGACCCCGACAGCGUGGUGCUGUGCUUGUUGGCCACCGAUGAGGAGGACGAAGGUGACAUCGCCCUGCAGAUCCACUUCACCCUCAUCCAGGCCUUCUGCUGCGACAACGACAUCCACAUACUGCGCGUUUCGGGCAUGCAACGCCUGGCCGCCAUCCUGGGCGAACCCGCGCCGGGCACCGAGCCCCGCGAUCUCCACUGUCUCUUAGUCACGAACCCGCACACGGACGCCUGGAAGAGCCAAGGGUUGGCAGAGGUGGCCAGUUACUGCGCCGAGAGUCGCGACAAGAACCAGUGGGUGCCAUACGUCUGUCUGCAGGAACGCUGAGCCGGUUCCGGCUGAUGCCCGGCUCUGUAUCUGAAGGAGGAGGGGAAAAAAAAAAAAAACUAAAACAACAGAAAGAAGGAGAAAUGGCCAGUUAAAAAACACAAACCCAAACACCCACCGAUUUUAUUUUUCUUUUUAACCGGAGAGGAGAAAGGAGCAGCCCGGCCGCACCGGUGGGCAUGGGAAGGAGGCGAGCCGCGGCCGUGCCGUGCCGGCAGCCCGGUGGGACGCUGGCCGGAGCGCACCGGAGCCGUGCCGAGGAGUUGUGCUUGGCCUCGGGGACCGUGGGACCGAGGAGCCCCAGGACGGGCGCUGCAGGGCGGAGAUGGAGACUGUUUUGUUUUCUUUUUGGCAUCUGUGACUCGGCGGAGGCGAGGUCUGCAGAGGGACGGAUUUUUGCAAAUGAACUGCUUUUGCAGAGGGAUAAAUUAUCUGCAGCGAUGGACCUGCGCUGCCAGUGUCGGUUUUUGCACUCAAGCCACUUGGAGACCCUGAUCUGAAUCUAUUCCAGAGUCUAUUCUUAUACCGAUUUACGAAAAUAAUAAUUAUUUGCAAUAAAA